UGUAAAGAGGUGAUUGUUUAGUGUCGUGCUAGUGAAAACCGGCAAGCUGUUUGCACCGACGGAAGACAUGUUGACCAUGGAGACGGACCUCAAAGGAGGUAGUUUGCACGGGACUAUGCCUCCUCAUCACGGCCUGCAGUCUUACGGAUCGUUAAGUUCACUGGGACAAAGCCCCAUGCAACAUCUGUCUCAACAUCCGCAUCAGUUGCAUCAACCUCCGCAGAUGCAUCAUCAGUCUCAGAAUCAUCAUCAACAACAACAUCACACGUCCCAACACCAACCCCAACAUAACACCCAAGCGAACAACAAUAAUAACAACAACAGCAAAGUUCAGAAUUCGGACAGGGUGAAAAGGCCUAUGAACGCCUUCAUGGUUUGGUCAAGGGGGCAAAGGCGAAAAAUGGCCCAGGAAAAUCCAAAGAUGCACAAUUCGGAAAUAUCGAAACGGUUAGGGGCCGAAUGGAAAUUGCUCAGCGAAUCGGAAAAGAGACCGUUCAUCGAUGAAGCCAAAAGGCUUCGAGCGGUCCACAUGAAAGAGCAUCCAGAUUACAAGUACAGGCCGAGGCGGAAAACCAAGACACUGCUCAAAAAAGACAAAUAUCCCUUGGGUACGACCGGAUUAAUCCCGAGUGCGGAAUCGGCCAGGUCGGCGGCUUCCGCGGUACAACAGGCUGCGGCCAGAGACAUGUACCAAAUGCCUAACGGAUACAUGCCCAACGGGUACAUGAUGCCCGAUCCGACGUCGUACCAACAACAUACAGCGUACAGUGGUGCAAAUUACGCCCGAUACGAUAUGGGACAGAUGCAGCAUAGUGCUUACAUGAACGGUAGUUACGGAGGUUACGGUGCGACCGUGCCCAGCAGUGCAGGAUCUCCGUAUAGUAUGCAGCAUACAGGAUCAUCGCAUAGUCCAUCAGGAUCGAGUAUAAAGUCCGAACCGGUGUCACCCAGUUCGGGACUUCACACCCCGACUCCCGGCGGCGUGAAAAGGGAAUAUGGCAACGGACAGCAACCGCCACAACAAGGUGACCUGCGACAAAUGAUCUCGAUGUACCUGCCGCCCGACGGGAGUCAACAGAUGCACCACUACAACCCGUCACCCGAUCCACUAGGACCUGGAUCCUUGGCGCCGUUAGCGCACAUGUGAGAGCCGCUGUUUGCGGCACCGGACUUAGAUGUGCCGCCCCUGUGAAGUGUUUUUUUUUGUAAAUAGGGAUUUUUGAAAAUUGCUUUUGUUUACGAUUCUCGACGCUUUUUCGGUUCCUUCAGCCACUUUCAGUAUUCGAACGUUGUAUAUUUAUAUUAUCGGGUGGAUUUCAUUUUGCAUCUUAUCUCACACUCAUUAACAAGGUCAGUGCAACAAGUACGUGACGAAGGUAUGUAUUGAUAACAAGACUUUUACCCACCUACUACUACCUCUUUUUGUCUGACAAAAAUAUCGUAUAAUUGCUGCACCAUUGGACGCGCAAGUUGCAAAAUGAAAUCUCGCUAACAAAAUCAUUUCAAAUGUUAAUUAUUGUAUACGUCACAUGUAAAUAGACCAUCUUGAUUCGUCUCUUUGUACAUAAAUUAUUAUUAUUAUGAUUAGUGAUUAAUUAUUAUGGACGAUUCACUUUCGUUCGUUGAUUCUUAUACCUUUAGCUUUUAACAUUUCCCGGUUCGUUUCGGCCUGUGAAAUGUUUGAAAUGUUUUGCUCAAUAAUUUCGGUCGUCACUUUCUAAAUUCACCAAAAUACACUCACAUAAUCCUUAGACUGAAUCACAUGUACCUAUAAAUAAAUGCAUUCAGAUCAAGAUUUCCUGCAAAAUCUAGAGAAGAAGUUGUUUGUUUGGUCGAUUAUGGAUUUCUAUUAAAUAACCUUAAAAUUUUGUUAAAAACUAUUUUAAUAUUGUCAUCACCGAGUGCUUAACAGGCAAAAUUUUAAAUUGUACAAUUUAUGUAAAAACAAAUCCCGAAAUCGAUUCAACCGCCGUAACAUUAUUAUACUUUUGUAUUUUGUUGAAUUGUUGUUGUGUGAAAAGACGAGAGAUUUGUUUUUAAAUUACGAUAACUGUGAUGAGCCGUUUAAUCAGAAUUUAAAAUAAAAAAGGAAAAAAUGAAGAUGAUGAUGUGAGAAUCACUGCUUUGUAUAUAUAAAUUUAAGUUUUUCAAUGUACAGUGUGUUUCCUUUAGUCAUUGGAAUGAAAAAUGUGA